GCCCGCGAGCGGCGGCGGGAGCAGCUGCGGCAGUGGGGGGCGCGGGCGGGCGCCGAGCCGGGCCCCGGGGAGCGGCGCGCCCGCACCGUACGCUUCGAGCGCGCCGCCGAGUUCCUGGCGGCCUGUGCGGGCGGCGACCUGGACGAGGCGCGCCUGAUGUUGCGUGCGGCGGACCCCGGCCCCGGCGCCGAGCCCGACCCAGAUGCCCCGCCGCCCGCCCGCGCCGUGCUCGACUCCACCAACGCCGACGGCAUCAGCGCCCUGCACCAGGCCUGUAUCGAUGAGAACCUGGAGGUGGUGCGCUUCCUGGUAGAGCAGGGCGCCACAGUGAACCAGGCGGACAACGAAGGCUGGACGCCUCUGCAUGUGGCCGCCUCCUGUGGUUACCUGGAUAUCGCCAGGUACCUCCUGAGCCACGGGGCCAACAUUGCUGCCGUCAACAGUGAUGGGGACCUGCCCCUGGACCUGGCCGAGUCCGACGCCAUGGAGGGGCUCCUGAAGGCAGAGAUCGCCCACCGAGGUGUAGAUGUGGAGGCAGCCAAACGGGCCGAGGAGGAAUUGCUGCUUCACGACACAAGGUGCUGGCUGAAUGGGGGUGCCAUGCCCGAGGCCCGGCAUCCCCGCACGGGGGCCUCAGCCCUGCAUGUGGCUGCUGCUAAGGGCUACAUCGAAGUGAUGAGGCUGCUCCUCCAGGCUGGCUAUGACCCUGAGCUCCGGGAUGGGGAUGGCUGGACCCCCCUGCACGCAGCUGCCCACUGGGGUGUGGAGGACGCCUGCCGCCUGCUGGCCGAGCACGGUGGGGGCAUGGACUCACUGACCCAUGCGGGGCAGCGUCCCUGUGACCUUGCUGAUGAAGAUGUGCUGAGCCUGUUGGAGGAGCUGGCCCAGAAGCAGGAGGACCUGCAGAACCAGAAGGCAGCCUCCCAGAGCAGGAGCCAGGAGCCCCAGGUGCCCUCCAGCAGCAAACACCGAAGGAGCUCCGUGUGUCGUCUGAGCAGCCGAGAGAAGAUCUCCCUCCAGGACCUGUCCAAGGAGCGCCGGCCUGGGGGGACAGGGGGACCCCUCAUCCGGGAUGACGAUGACAGAGAGGAAGGCCCCACAGAGCAACCCCCUGCAGAAUCUAGAACCCUCAAUGGAGUGUCCUCCCCACCACCCGCUAGCCCUAAGGACCCCACGACCCCCGAGGACGCCCCCUUCUCCAGGCGCUUUGGCCUUCAGAAGACGGGCAGCUCUGGUGCCCUGGGCCCCGCAGAUAGGUGGGGAUCUGAGGGCACCCCUGGGGCUGGGCUGCAGCGCUCAGCUUCCUCCUCACGGCUGGAAGGAACCUCCACUCAGGCCAAGGAGCCCCGUCUUGCCAGAAUUACCCCCACCCCCUUCCGGAAGGUGCCGGAGCCCUCUGCCCUGAUUCCGGAGCCUGACUCUCCAGGAAAGCCAACUAUCUCAGCAGCUUCUGCAGUACCCACAGUGGACUCCCGGGACCGCCGGAGGUCCUACCAGAUGCCUGUGCGGGAUGAGGAAUCUGAAUCCCAGCGGAAAGCUCGCUCCCGUCUCAUGCGCCAGUCUCGGAGGCCCACACAGGGUGUGACUCUGACAGACCUGAAGGAAGCAGAGAAGGCUGCAGGGAAGGCCCCAGAGCCAGAGAAGUCAUGCCCACAGAGCUUGGACCCUUCCCAGUUGCCCCGAGUUCCUGGGGUCGAGAACUCGGAUGGCCCUGCCCGGAGAGCAGAGGCGCCUGAUGGGCAGGGGCAGGGACCAAAGGCUGCCAGGGAGAAUCGCAGAGUUGGCAAGGAACGGAGGGGGCCUGCUGAGGGUGAGGAGGCGGAACCCACGAACAUCAGCCCAGAAUCCAGCGUACCUGAGAGCGGCCCCUCAUCUCGCAGGCAGCGGGACCUCAACCCAGAACCCCAGCCAGAAUCGGAAGAGCCCGAAGGAGGCUUCAAGAAGCUCUACGCAGAGCUGCGCAGUGAGAACGAGAGACUUCGUGAGGCCCUGACGGAGACCACACUGCAGCUGGCGCAGCUCAAGGUGGAGCUGGAGCGCGCCACGCAGAGGCAGGAGCGUUUUGCAGAGAGGCCUGCCCUUCUGGAGCUGGAGAGAUUUGAGCGCAGGGCCCUGGAGCGAAAGGCAGCCGAGCUGGAGGAGGAGCUGAAGGCCCUGUCUGACCUCCGGGCUGACAACCAGCGGCUCAAGGAUGAGAACGCAGCCCUGAUCCGUGUCAUCAGCAAACUCUCCAAGUGACUCUGGAGGACCUGUCCCCACACCCACAUUUAUACAGCUGCUUCUGCCACACACAUCCCUUCCCCUGCGUGAACACGAGUGACAGGAUUCUUGGGGGAGUCUCUGAGAAGCCAUAACCUCCCCUCAGGACCUCCAUUUUGGGAGGGGAGGACAGAGUCCCCAGGAGCCAAUGGGGGGCCAUCUGAGGCCAGGAUGGAAGUGGGAGGCUGAGCCAGGUAGGGGACCAGGAAUGGAGGUGGGACCAGGAAGGAACCAUGAACAGGAAGCUCCAGGACCAGUAUUCAGGACGAGUGGCCACCCGGAGGUCCCCUCUCUCUCACGUGUGAUGCCACCCAGUCACCCCUCCCAUUCCUGAACAGGGAUCCAAGAAUGUGCCAAGAGUCCCGCCGGCCUUGGCCGGGUGGGCCUGUAUAUAGGGUCCAUGUGCAAUAGGGAGGGACGUCUUCUAUUUUUUGCUGCCCCCUCCCCACCUGCACUGUCUGGGGUAGGGGGAGAAGGUAUUUUCGAGACAAAGCACAGGCACCACAAAUAAAAGUCGUGAAGUUGCCACUCAA